AUGUCCGAACAAGCACCGAAGCCAAACUCAAUGGCAGAUGUCCUUUCAAUGUUGCCAGACAAGCGCCCAGUUCAAAUUCAAAUUUUGAAUUUGAAAGCUCAUCUGACAAACACCGUUAAGACUCUCCAAAGUAGUCUUAUGGAAGAGAUGACCAAGCUCAAAGCCGAUGUCCUCAUGAACCAAGCUUCCAAUGAGAAAUGCCUGAAUGAUUUGACGGAAACCUUGCGCAUUUACGCGAGAGAGAACCGAGACCUUGCCAGACUCAUCUACCGUUUCUUCGAAGAGAUAGACGCCAUCUGGAAGGUACUCGGAAAGGACAGAACAUCAACACCGUACUUCGUGAACACAGAAUUGAAGAAGGAAUUGUCGAGGAAGAAGAGAAACACGAAGAAGAGGAAGAGGAAGAAGAGGAAGAAGAGAAACACGAAGAAGAGGAA